AUGCCAUUGAACCUUUCUGCUACUCUAUUGGACGAUAUUUCCCGUUUAUAUAUUGAUGCAGAUGAUUAUAACGUUAUUAUUACUGCCGGACAAGGCGAUGAUGCUAAAGUUUUUAAAGCGCACACGGUGAUUUUACGAUCGAGAUCUUCUUAUUUCAGAGUUGCGUUAUCGCCUAAUUGGGCCAAGAAAAUACCGUCACAAUACAAUCAUGAAUUUAACACACAAUGUGAUGCAUUAUAUUUUAGUAAACCUAAUAUUUCACCAAAGGUCUUCGAGAUUAUCUUAAAAUACAUCUACACUGGAACGUGUUCCCUCGAAGAAAAUGAUAUUCUUCUUGAUAUAUUGAUCGCUUCAGAUGAAUUUGGACUCUUUGAAUUAGUAAAUUACGUUCAAGAGCAUAUUAUUUCUGACGAGACCGGAUGGUUGCACGAGAAUCUUGUCAAAGUCUUUAAAGUUGCAUUAAGACAUGAUGAAUUUCAUCUACUUCGAGAGCAUUGUGGUGAACUUAUUAGUAAACAACCUGAAUUACUUUUUAAUUCAAAGGAUUUUGUUACGUUGGAAAAAUCUUAUCCAAGUAAUUAUAUUUUGAGUAGAGUUAGAUUUGCAGAUUUCGCGAUAAGAGAUUCUUCGACAGUUAACACUUCUAUUGGAUUUGGAAACGAUUUUUGGUGGUUCGAGGGAAAAUGUAUGCAUUUUAAUUAUAACAAAAAAAUACUUGAUACGCGGCAAUUUUUUUCUAUGGAAGAUUAUGAAGUGUUUCAGGUUGUUAAGAAGGAAUAG